UCUGGUCUUCUUUGGUGGGGACACUUAUAAGAGAAUCUCUGCGAGCGCAACCGCUACAUUCUACAUUGCACAGCAUUGUUCGGGAUUGGUCGCGCUCUUGAGACGGGUAACGGUUCAAGAUUCACUCGAACUACCUUUGCAUAGUGACGAGUGACAAGCGAAUGAACCGGCGUUGAUAUCCAUAAAAAAUGGUUUUGAACGCACCCAAAGUGAAGUUUUACAAUGGCAAUGAAGUACCAAUUUUCGGCUUGGGGACCUGGAAGUCUAAGCCAGGUGAAGUUACCCAAGCUGUAAAAGAUGCUAUUGAUAUCGGCUACAGACAUAUUGAUUGUGCUCACGCGUAUCGCAACGAGAAGGAAGUUGGUGCUGCUAUCCAGGCAAAAAUAGCAGAAGGUGUCGUGAAGAGAGAGGAUCUGUUCAUUACUAGUAAACUGUGGAAUACUUUCCACAGACCUGAUCUGGUCGAACCAGCCAUCAAGCAAUCUCUAUCUGAUUUUGGUCUUGAUUAUAUAGAUCUUUAUUUAAUCCAUUGGCCAGUUGGAUAUAAAGAAGGUGGACCUCUUUUUCCUACAACUCCUGAAGGUGCCAUUAUCCUGAGUGAUGUAGAUUAUGUAGAUACAUGGAAGGCUAUGGAAGGUUUGCUUGCUAAAGGUCUGACAAAAAACAUUGGAGUUAGUAAUUUCAAUUCUGAACAAAUUACUAGGCUACUUGAGAAUACUUCAGUUAAACCUGUUACAAACCAGAUUGAAUGUCACCCAUACCUAACACAGAAAAAAUUAUCAGCUUUUUGCCAAGAAAAGGGCAUUCUUAUUACUGCAUAUAGUCCACUAGGCUCACCAGACAGACCAUGGGCCAAACCGGAUGAUCCAAAAUUGCUGGAAGAUAAGAAAUUAAUUGAGCUUGGACAAAAAUACAAUAAGACACCUGCGCAAAUACUUAUACGUUAUCAAUUGGAUCGUGGCCAUAUUGUGAUUCCCAAGUCAAUCAACAAGUUACGAAUAGCUCAAAACAGCGAAGUAUUCGACUUUAAACUUUCAUCCGAUGAUAUUGCAUAUAUUGACAGCUUCGAUUGCAAUGGACGAAUUUGUCCAUUACUUGGUGCGGAUGAUAGUCCUUAUUAUCCUUUCAACAUUCCGUUUUAAGUGAGCAAGUAAAAAUUAAAAAUAGAUAUAUUAUAUCCAUGUGUGUUUCGUUAAAUUUUUCAAAUUAAAAUACAUUUUCUAUUGAUACUAUUGCUUAUGCAUUUAUGUUUAUGGUAUAUUAUUAUUUUA